UGAUAUAUCAAUAUUAUUGUAUAAAUUCAGGAAUCAACAUACUAUUCUUUGGAGUUUCUUGAAUUUAUGUAAACAAAUAGGAGGCAUAAGGACAAUUAAUUAAAAAAUAAAGAAAAAAUUAAGCCUCUAAUUCCUCUGCUCACUGAUUCACUUUUUUUCUCUUUAUUUUUAUCAUGACGAUACAUAAAAGUUUCACAUGUAGAACAUCAUUUAGUAAUGUGUUUCAAAAAGGAAACUAUACAGGUUAAUUAAAAAUGCUAAAUACUUCAACAACGCCACAAACCAAGAACUUAGCCACGCAUUCUACCCAAAUCCUUUCCCCUUUCUCCACCUCCUUCGUCUUUGCUAUCGUCCCACACUACACAGAAAUCAGUUCCGAAGGUCUCGCCUUUGCCAUCUCACCUACCCCAAACCUCUACUCCACCCUUCUCAGCCAAUUCCUCGGUCUCUUCAACCUCUCCAGCAAAGACCAAGCCACCAACCACAUCGUCGUUGUUAAGCUUGACACCAUUGAGAACAAGGAGUUUGACGACAUCAACGACAACUACGUCAGCAUCAACUUAAAUGGCUUAACUUCCGUCGUCGCCGCUCCAGCAUCAUACGCCAAAAGCUCUUCCCUGUUUCAAAAUUUGAGCUUGAUGAGCGGCCAGACGAUGCAAGUUUGGGCAGAGUAUGAUGCGAAGAAGAUGGAGCUUAAUGUGACCUUAGCUCCCCUUAAUACCCUGAAGCCGGUUUUACCUCUUCUGUCUUACACCAUCAACUUCUCCUCAAUUCUUCUGAGCAAAAUGUAUGUGGGGUUCUCUUCUUCCACUGUUGCGGCCGCUGGUUUGAAUUACAUUCUCGGAUGGAGCUUAUAUUUGAACGGCAAAGAAGCAGAGCUCCUGGCUUUUAAUCUCCUGGCAGCCGGAAAUGAAACGGCAUGACGUUGAAAUCGGAAGUGAAACGGCUGGUUGCGGUAGAAAUCGAAACGCUCUGGUUGAGAUCUCGCUUAGUUGACAUGGGUUCUCUGCAUGUCAAACGGAUGUCGAUUACAUAUGUGAGGGUUUAUUCAAAAGAAACCGUUCUAACGAAUGCAGUUUUCAUUAGCCAUUUGAAGAUCAAGAGUGCAAAUUAAUUACAUGUUAAAAUAAAUAACGGUUCAUAAUUAAUUAUUUAGAAGAUCAAAAGUAUAUUUUACAUAAAUAAAAGUACAAUUAUUAAUCAAUUAUAAUUAAAAUAAUUGAAAUGGAAGGUUAGGAUUUAAUUUAAGUGAUUAAAAUGAAAGGCUAGGAUUUGCUAAGAGUGGAAUCCCAAGCCA